AGCUACAGAACAUGUGCUCGGACACACUUCAUAGGUGUGUUGCACCAUUCAUCUUUCCAUUUUAUACUUUAUUUCAUAUCAAUUUAUCGCAGACACUCUUUGUCUUUGCUUCUUACUCUCUUUGUCUUUGCUUCCUGCUGUACUAUUUACUUUAGUGAGGAUUUUUUUCCAUGCCAGUUUUUCCCUAAGAAAUAGCGAGAGAAGGUAGGAGGAGCCAGACUGAAAAGUGUGCCUCUCUCUCUCACACUCUUUCACACACGCUCCCUCUCUUCCAUUCUGUCAUCUCGGCAGAACAGAGACUGUUCAUUACCAGCCACGCUGAAUGUAGGGGGGGCAGUACACUUUUGACUUUAAGUCAGAUUUCACAGAGGAAUAUUCUUUUUCUUCACGAUAUCCAAAGGAUCAGCAAGAACAAGAGGAAAAGAAAUUUCACUUUGAGAGAAUAUACAGACAUAAAGCAGAAUGGUUGCUGGUAUGCUGAUGCCCCUGCGGGACCUGAGGGCCAUCUAUGAGGUUCUGUUUCGAGAUGGUGUCAUGGUGGCCAAGAAGGACAAGAGGCCUCAGACCAAGCACCCUGAGAUAGAAGGUGUGUGCAACCUACAAGUAAUCCGUGCCAUGGGGUCUCUUAAGUCUAGGGGCUGUGUGAAGGAGACAUUUGCCUGGAGACAUUUCUACUGGUACCUGACCAAUGAGGGCAUUGUUUACCUGCGUGACUACCUCCGCCUGCCCCCUGAAAUUGUUCCUGCCUCCCUGCAGAGGGUUAGGAAGCCAGCCUCCUCCCUGGCCAUUACCCACCAGGCUGCACGGGUCCAAUCUGUGGAAGGUCCUACAUCUUAUGUUCCCAAGCCAGGACGCAGGGGUGAAGCAGAGAGCCAAGAGGCUCUGGCCGAGCGUCAUGGCUACCGCCAUAAGAUGAUGGGUUCUGGAGAAAGAGAGAGCUACCCUGAUAGGACCCCCAGGUUUAGGGGUCGUCCGCUGGCUGCAGAACCAGUCAGGCCAAAAGCAUCUUGGGAAGUACAAGACCAGCCUCAGCCUCUGUUUAGGAAGGGGAACAACUUCAGAAGUGAAGCAGUGGAGGAGAGCAGGGUAAAAAGAGUAUCUUGUCAGCAGCCCGAUGUGAGCAGUAAGAAGCCAGUAACAACAUCACAGGAGAGAGGAGUGUCUGAAGUCCAAAAGGAGAAGGUCCAGGUUCAGAGAGCAGCUUUGAAACAGGAUGUGUCACAGACCACUCUGACAUCAGCGUCCUCCAAAACAGCCCUACCAUUAACUGUGGCUGCUGUUGCUGAGGCUACAGGUGCUGCAACAUCAAAGAUUCCAACUGAACCCUCUACUCCCAAAACAAAUAAGGAUAAGCCUAAGAUUGCUAAUGAAAAAGCUUCCAUGAAGCUUUGUGAAAAGGUAACAAGGAAUUCAGCUAUCACAGUACCUGAUACAAAGGUCAAAGAGGAGAAGACAAAAAAGGUAAUUGUGGAUCCAAUUAAAUCUGCAGAGGUCAAGGCUACAUCUGAAACGGCAACUGCUAAAAUGAAGGCCCAGGCAGUUAUUACAAUGGCUACCGCUCAGGAAACCAAAGAAGAGAAGCUUAAGAGAGCAAAGGUUAAUGAGGAAUCAAGUAAACCUGCAGAAGUGAAGACCCCAUUUGAAUCUAAAAUAGAUCAUGAGAAGGCAAAGAAAACUUCCAAAGUAACUGCCACUCAGGCAACCACCAAACCCCCAACUGACAGUAGCACCAGUGAGCCAGUGUUGUCCACUGAUGCAGUAAAGGAAAUCUCUAAAGUGAAAGUGACUCAGGAGCCCAUUGAUGCUAAAGUGAACUCAAUGAAUCUCUCAGCAAAGCCCAAAACUGAUGAAGUGCCCCAGAAAACUACUAUGGUGGCUGAGUCCUCAAUACCUGAAGUUAAAACCACCAUUAGAACAACAACUCUCUCAGCACCUAUGGCCAGUACUGAAGAUACUAAACCUGUCAAGGGGAAAGCUACAGUAACAGAGAUGAUUACAAAACAGGAGAAAACUGAUGUAAAGGUGAUUCCUCAUGUCAAGAAAGAUGAAAAAAUAGUGCCAGAUGAGGCCCUUAAAGUCUCAUUACAGGGCCCUGCAUUAACGCGAAAAAGCUCCUCUUCACCUCAGCUCAGUCAAAAUGCUGCCACCAUGGAGGUGGUUAUGGAAACCAAACAAGUGGUUGAGGGAAGCUCUAAAUCAAAAAGGAAGAAAAAGAAAUCCCCAGGUGAGAUAUCCAAGAGUAUCAAUGCCGAGGAACUACCUGACUCAAAGCUGGGGAAGAAAAAAACCUCUAUAGACAAGCCCUCUGAGGAAGUUGUUGAAAACACCCUUCAACUCACACCAGUGAUUACCUCAGAGCCAUUGGCCGUGUCUACCAGCAUAAAGACUAAGGGGACAUCACCUGUAGAGGAAACUAAGACUCAGGCUGAAAUAGAUAUUGAUGGGGGGAAAAUAGAGGAAGUCCCUCAACAAAUUGAUGGGAAGCCAAUAAUGGAAGUCCCUAAACAAACUGUGGACCAGAGUAUUUCUCAAGUAGCAUCACUACCAUUAGAUCAGAUCCCAGCAGUGCCCCCAGUGGAGCUUCCAGAAUAUGCACAAGUCAAAGAGAAGGUUGAGGGAAGUAGCGUCAGCAAAACAUCACAGGGACCAUUAUGCUCCAAGGACAGGUUUAACGCUAAGUUGCCCCAGAUGGAGCCAGUGAAAUCUGAGGAAAUGACUGUCACUAAAGUGGAAAUGGUGACGGUGCAGAAAAUAACUCUAGCAAGCCCUAAACCUGAGGAGAAAAGCCCUGCACCACUGUCAGAAUCUCAGAAACCCACAGUUGAGACUAAAUCCUCAGUAAGCACAGGGAAAGCUGCAGAGGAAUCUUCAAAGGGUAAGAAGAAAGGGAGGGGGAAGAAGCAGGCUCAGGCACCAGUAUCAGACACCAUAAACACAAAGCCUAUCUUUUUGCCUGAAGCAGAAGCAUUGCCGUCCACUAACAUUACAUCAUUGCCCAAGGCCACAGUUAAAGACAGCCCUGUCAUGGCCCCGGACCUAACAAAAGAGAGUGUUUCUCCAAAGAUGACUCCUGAAAGAAUGUGCAUUGAGGAAACCAGGCAGGCAGCAGCUGUGCUCUCUGAGGACCCAGCAGACAAAGGGGAGGUGGAGCCAGCACUGCUCUUUGCAGAAAAAAUCAAGCGGGAGGUUCCGAAACCAAAAUCAUCCUCCACUGCGAGGGAAGCACACGCAGCCGGAGAAUUAGCGUCAGCAGCACCAGUGGUAACAGCAGGGGCAGCUAUAGCUCAGGCACAGGCCAACCCCCUCACUAAGCAAGAGGAGCCUCCCAGAGUUGCACAACAUUCAGCCAGUCAGGCAGCAGAACACAGCACAGAGAAAAGGCUCUCUGUUUCUGAGGCCUUAAAGCAGGAAGAAGAGAAGAAGAGGGACUUGGAGGAGGACACACCCUCUGCCACUGCCACACCCGCAGCUGACCAGCCUCACCUAGGGGACACCUGUGAGUCUGUAAGCCCUGACAUAGACGAGGCCACCAUGAAGAGAAAAAUUGUAGUGGUUGAAGAGAUAGUUGAGGUGAAACAGGUCAUUAGUCCUCAGGCAACUGGGGAGCAGUCACCUCCUCCACCUGUGCAACCUGAGGCAGAAGGAGAGGAACUGGACCUGGAUGUUCUGGAAGCAAUCGCCAUAGAGCGGGCACUUUUAUCAGGGGUGGUGGGGUCCAGGGUGCAAGGAGCCUCACCUGAGGAAGACUGGGACCACUCACUAGAAGAGCCAGAGGAGAAAACGUGGCCUAACUUCAUUGAAGAUGAACGAGAUCGAGUACAGAAAAAGACCUUCACAAAAUGGGUCAACAAGCACUUGAUAAAGCAUUGGAGGGUAGAGAAACAGCAGCACGUGACAGACCUGUAUGAAGACCUUCGAGAUGGACAUAACCUGAUCUCGCUGUUGGAGGUCCUCUCUGGGGAAACACUGCCCAGAGAGAAAGGCCGCAUGCGAUUCCACAAACUGCAGAAUGUACAGAUAGCACUGGACUUCCUCAGACACCGCCAGGUUAAGCUGGUUAACAUCAGAAACGAUGACAUAGCAGAUGGGAACCCCAAGCUGACCCUGGGGUUAAUAUGGACCAUCAUCCUCCACUUCCAGGUCUCCUCCUCUAUCUCAGAUAUUCAGAUCAACGGCCAGUCAGAGGACAUGACAGCCAAGGAGAAGCUGCUGUUCUGGUCCCAGAGGAUGACGGACGGCUACCAGGGCAUCCGCUGUGACAACUUCACCACCAGCUGGAGGGACGGCAAGCUCUUCAACGCUGUCAUACACAAACACCAUCCCAGACUCAUCGACAUGGGCAAAGUGUACCGACAGACCAACCUGGAGAACCUGGAACAGGCCUUCAGUGUGGCAGAGAGAGACCUGGGAGUGACACGCCUACUGGACCCUGAGGAUGUUGAUGUCCCACACCCUGAUGAGAAGUCCAUCAUCACUUACGUGUCAUCCUUGUAUGAUGUCAUGCCUCGGGUUGACGUACAUGAUGGCAGCAGAGCUAACGAGCUGGAGCUGCGCUGGCAGGAGUACUAUGAGCUGGUGACUCUUCUGCUCCAGUGGAUCCGCCACCAUGUCAUGAUCUUCGAGGAGAGGAAGUUCCCCGCCAGUUAUGAGGAGAUAGAGCUUCUUUGGCGCCAGUUCUUGAAGUUCAAAGAGACAGAGCUGCCGGUAAAAGAGUCCGACAAGAGCCGGUCUAAACAUAUCUACCAGUCCUUUGAGAGUGCCGUGCAGGCUGGUCAGGUGAAGGUCCCUCCAGGCUACCAUCCCAUUGAUGUGGAGAAAGAAUGGGGUCGACUUCAUGUGGCCAUCCUGGAAAGAGAACGGCUGCUCAGGAUAGAGUUUGAGAGAAUCGAGAGGCUCCAAAGGAUUGUCAGUAAAGUCCAGAUGGAGUCGGGGUUGUGUGAUGACCAACUCAGCCACCUGGAGACCCUGCUGCAGACGGACAUUCGUCUGCUGAAUGCAGGGAAACCAGCUCAGCACACAGUAGAAGUGGAGAGGGAGCUGGACAAGGCAGACAACAUGAUUCGCCUGCUCUUCAAUGAUGUGCAGAUACUCAAGGAUGGACGCCACCCUCAGGCUGAACAGAUGUACCGCAGAGUUUACCGCCUCCAUGAGCGCCUGCUGAACUUGCGCAGUGAUUACAACCUUCGUCUGAAGUCUGUUGUGACUACUGCCCCGGUUACCAGCACUCAGCAUAUCACCCAGCAUACCACCAUAAAGGUGCGGCCUGAGUUGGAUGAUGUGACCCUUCGCUAUGUCAAAGACCUCCUGGCCUGGGUGGAGGAGAACCAGCUUCGCAUUGAUGAAGCUGAGUGGGGCUCUGAUUUGCCCUCUGUGGAGUCCCAGCUAGGCAGCCACAGAGGCCUGCACAAAACUGUGGAGGAUUUCCGAUCCAAGAUUGAACGGUCCAGGGCUGACGAGAGCCAGCUAUCUCCUGUCAGCAAGGGCACGUACAGAGAAUACCUGGGUAAACUGGACCUUCAGUAUGGCAAACUACUGAACUCUUCCAAGUCCCGCCUAAGGAACUUGGAUUCACUCCACGCCUUCGUCAGCGCUGCCACUAAGGAACUGAUGUGGUUAAAUGACAAAGAAGAGGAGGAGGUCAACUUUGACUGGAGUGACAGGAACACCAACAUGACGGCUAAGAAAGACAAUUACUCGGGUCUCAUGCGAGAGCUGGAGCUGAGGGAGAAGAAGGUCAAUGAUAUCCAGGCCAUGGGAGACAGACUUGUCAAGGAUGGACAUCCUGGCAAGAAGACAGUUGAGUCCUUCACAGCUGCCCUGCAGACUCAGUGGAGCUGGAUCCUCCAGCUGUGCUGCUGUAUUGAGGCUCAUCUCAAAGAAAACACAGCCUAUUACCAGUUCUUUGCUGAUGUGAAAGAGGCUCAGGACAACAUGAAGAAAAUGCAAGAGAACAUGAAAAAGAAAUACGGCUGCGAUCGCUCCACCACAGCCACACGCCUGGAGGAUCUGCUGCAGGAUGCUGUGGAGGAGAAAGAACAGCUGAAUGAAUUAAAGACCCUUGUGACCAGCCUGAACAAGAGAGCCAAGUCCAUCAUCCAAUUGAAACCCCGCAACCCCACCACCUCCAUCAAAGGCAAACUGCCUAUUCAGGCUGUCUGUGACUUCAAGCAACAGGAGAUAACUGUCCAUAAAGGAGAUGAGUGUGCACUCCUCAACAACUCUCAGCCCUUCAAGUGGAAGGUCCUGAACCACAAUGGACAUGAGGCGGUGGUGCCCUCUGUCUGCUUCAUUGUACCUCCAGUCAACAAGGAGGCCAUGGAUAGUGUUUCCAGUCUGGAUGCAGGUCAUCAGCAGAUGGUGUCUAUGUGGCAGAUGCUCCAUAUAGACAUGAAGAGCUUGCUGUCAUGGCAGUACCUGAUGAGAGACUUCGCACAGAUACACUCCUGGAACAUCACCAUGUUAAAGACCAUGAAAACAGAGGAAUAUAGGCUGAUGAUGAGGAACCUGGAGCUCCACUACCAGGACUACAUGCGUGACAGCCAGGACUCACAGCUCUUUGGCCCCGAUGACCGCAUGCAGAUCGAGGAGGACUACACCAAGUCAACCCAGCAUUUCGACAGCCUGCUUCGCUCCAUGGAGAAAGGUCAACAGGAUGAGUCUCUGUGUAAGAACUACAUCUCUGAGCUCAAGGACCUGCGUGUGCAUAUAGAGAACUGUGAAGCUGGGACUGUGGCUCGCAUACGCAGACCUAUGGAGAGGGAACCUCUAAAAGAAUGUGUUCAGAAGACAACAGAGCAGAAGAAAGUCCAAGCGGAGCUUGAGGGCCUCAAGAAGGACCUUAAUAAGGUGUCUAUAAAGACACAAGAGGUCUUGGCCUCUCCUCAGCAGUCUGCCUCAGCUCCUGUCCUGCGCUCAGAGCUUGACCUCACUGUGCAGAAGAUGGAUCAUGCCUACAUGCUGUCCUCCGUUUAUCUCGAAAAGCUGAAGACUGUGGAAAUGGUCAUCCGUAACACACAGGGUGCCGAGGGUAUUCUCAAGCAGUAUGAGGACUGUCUGCGGGAGGUUCACACUGUGCCCAGUGAUGUCAAGGAAGUAGAGACUUACAGAACAAAGCUUAAGAAAAUGCGAGCUGAGGCUGAGGGUGAACAGCCAGUGUUUGAUUCUCUGGAAGAAGAGCUGAAAAAGGCCUCUGCAGUGAGUGACAAGAUGUCACGUGUGCACAGCGAGCGUGAUGUUGAGCUGGACCACUACCGCCAGCUCCUGUCUGGUCUCCAGGAUCGCUGGAAGGCUGUGUUCACACAGACAGACCUUCGCCAGAGAGAGCUAGAGCAGCUUGGCCGCCAGCUAGGCUACUAUCGUGAGAGCUAUGAUUGGCUGAUCCGCUGGAUUGGCGACGCCAAGCAAAGGCAGGAGAAGAUCCAGGCUGUGUCCAUCACUGACAGCAAAUCUCUGAAAGAACAACUGGCCCAGGAGAAGAAACUGCUGGAGGAGAUUGAGCAGAACAAAGACAAAGUUGAUGAGUGUCAAACAUAUGCUAAAGCAUACAUUGGUGCUAUUAAGGACUAUGAACUCCAGUUGGUUGCCUACAAAGCUCAGGUGGAGCCUCUUGCUUCUCCCUUGAAGAAAACCAAACUGGAUUCUGCUUCUGACAACAUCAUUCAGGAGUAUGUAACACUGAGGACCCGGUACAGUGAGCUGAUGACUCUGACUAGUCAGUACAUCAAGUUCAUCACUGACACACAGCAUCGCUUGGAGAACGAGGAGAAAGCUGCAGAGAAACUCAAAGCAGAAGAACAGCAAAAAAUGGCCAAGAUGCAGGCUGAGUUAGACAAACAAAAGCAGUUAGCUGAAGGUCACGCCAAGGCCAUUGCCAAAGCUGAGAAAGAGGCUCAAGAGCUGAAGCUCAGAAUGCAGGAAGAAGUAAACAGGAGAGAAAUUGCUGCUGUAGAUGCAGAAAAGCAAAAGCAAAACAUCCAGUUGGAACUGCAUGAGCUCAAAAACCUCUCAGAGCAGCAGAUCCAGGACAAAAGUCAACAGGUGGAUGAGGCUCUUCAAAGCAGGGUCAAGAUUGAGGAGGAAAUCCGCCUCAUCAGGAUCCAACUUGAGACAACAGUAAAACAAAAGUCUACAGCAGAAUCUGAGCUCAAGCAACUUCGUGAUAGAGCAGCUGAAGCUGAGAAACUCAGAAAGGCCGCUCAGGAAGAAGCUGAGAAGCUCCGCAAACAAGUCAAUGAAGAGACCCAGAAAAAGCGCACAGCAGAGGAGGAACUCAAACGCAAAUCGGAGGCAGAGAAGGAAGCUGCUAGGCAAAAGCAAAAAGCUCUGGAAGACCUUGAAAACCUUAAGAUGCAGGCCGAGGAGGCUGAAAGGCAAGUGAAGCAAGCAGAGAUAGAAAAGGAGAGACAAAUCAAGGUUGCUCACGCAGCAGCCCAGAAGAGUGCCGCGGCUGAGCUCCAGAGCAAGCACAUCUCGUUUGUGGAAAAGACCUCAAAAUUGGAAGAAUCACUCAAACAAGAGCAUGGCGCUGUCCUUCAGCUGCAACAAGAAGCAGCAUCUCUCAAAAAACAACAGGAGGAAGCUGAAAAUGCCAGAGAAGAGGCAGAAAAAGAGCUUGAGAAAUGGAGGCAAAAAGCUAACGAGGCCCUUCGUUUAAGACUCCAGGCUGAGGAAGAAGCUCACAAAAAGAGCCUCACUCAAGAAGAGGCUGAAAAACAAAAGGAGGAGGCUGAGCGUGAGGCUAAAAAGAGAGCCAAAGCUGAAGAGUCAGCCCUAAAGCAGAAAGAUAUGGCUGAGAAAGAACUUGAGAGGCAGAGGAAGAUAGCUGAGAGCACAGCUCAGCAGAAACUCGCUGCAGAACAGGAGCUGAUUCGACUUAGGGCAGACUUUGACAACGCAGAACAGCAGAGAUCCCUCCUUGAGGACGAACUUUACCGCCUGAAGAAUGAAGUUGUUGCAGCUCAACAACAAAGGAAACAGCUGGAGGAUGAACUUGCCAAAGUGAGGAGUGAAAUGGAUAUACUCAUUCAGCUUAAGUCUAAGGCAGAAAAGGAGACCAUGUCCAACACAGAGAAGAGCAAACAACUUCUUGAAGCUGAAGCCUGCAAGAUGAGGGACCUGGCUGAGGAAGCAAGCAAGCUUAGAGCCAUUGCAGAGGAGGCCAAGCAUCAGAGACAAGUUGCUGAGGAAGAGGCAGCUCGUCAGAGAGCAGAGGCUGAAAGGAUUCUCAAAGAGAAGCUGGCUGCAAUCAGUGAGGCCACUCAUUUAAAAACAGAGGCUGAAAUUGCCCUGAAAGAGAAGGAGGCAGAAAACGAAAGACUCCGGCGGCAAGCUGAGGAUGAGUCUUACCAGAGGAAAGCUCUUGAAGACCAGGCCAACCAGCACAAGCAAGAUAUUGCGGAAAAGAUAGUCCAACUCAAAAAAUCAUCUGAGGCUGAAAUGGAAAGACAAAAGGCAAUAGUGGAUGACACGCUCAAGCAGAGGCGAGCUGUCGAAGAAGAAAUACGAAUUCUUAAGCUCAACUUUGAAAAGGCUUCAUCUGGAAAACUUGAUCUAGAGCUAGAACUGAACAAACUGAAAAAUAUUGCAGAGGAAACUCAACAAAGCAAACUAAGAGCAGAGGAGGAGGCAGAGAAACUAAGGAAGCUUGCCCUUGAGGAGGAGAAGAGAAGGAGGGAAGCAGAAGAAACGGUUAAGAAGAUCACUGCUGCAGAGCAAGAGGCAGCCAGACAACGCAAAGCAGCCCAAGAGGAGCUCGACCGUCUGAAAAAGAAAGCAGAAGACGCCAGAAAGCAGAAAGACGAGGCUGACAAAGAAGCAGAAAAGCAGAUUAUUGCAGCCCAACAAGCAGCCCUCAAAUGCAGUACAGCUGAGCAGCAAGUCCAAAGUGUCCUUGCUCAACAGAAGGAAGAUACCAUCAUGCAGAAGAAGCUUAAGGAAGAGUAUGAGAAAGCUAAGAAUCUUGCCAAAGAGGCAGAGGCUGCUAAGGAGAAAGCAGAAAGGGAGGCAGCUCUCCUUCGUCAACAAGCAGAGGAAGCAGAGCGACAAAAGGCAGCUGCUGAGCAAGAAGCUGCAAACCGAGCCAAAGCUCAGGAGGAUGCCGAGAGGUUGAGGAAGGAGGCUGAAUUUGAAGCUGAUAAACGAGCACAAGCAGAAACUGCAGCACUCAAGCAGAAGCAACAAGCUGAUGCUGAAAUGGUAAAGCACAAAAAACUGGCAGAGCAAACAUUAAAACAGAAGUUCCAAGUGGAGCAAGAGCUCACAAAAGUUAAACUUAAGCUUGAUGAAACUGAUAAACAGAAAACUGUCCUGGAUGAAGAGCUACAGCGCUUGAAGGAUGAGGUUGAUGAUGCUGUCAAACAAAGGGCUGAGGUGGAGGAGGAGUUGUUCAAAGUCAAGGUUCAGAUGGAGGAACUACUCAAACUGAAAAUCAGAAUCGAGGAGGAAAAUCAACGCCUCAUCAAGAAAGACAAAGAUAACACACAAAAAUUCCUUGCCAAGGAGGCUGACAAUAUGAAAAAGCUUGCAGAGGAUGCUGCUAGACUUAGCGUAGAAGCCCAAGAGGCUGCACGCUUUAGACAGAUUGCAGAAGAAGACCUCAAUCAGCAACGAGUUCUUGCAGAUAAAAUGCUCAAAGAGAAAAUGCAGGCCAUACAAGAGGCAUCGAGACUUAGAGCUGAGGCAGAGAUGCUCCAAAGGCAGAAGGACUUGGCUCAGGAGCAGGCACAAAAGCUGCUGGAGGAUAAACAACGAAUGCAACAGCGUCUGGAGGAGGAAACAGAGGAAUACCAGAAGUCACUUGAAUCAGAAAGGAAAAGGCAAUUGGAGAUCAAAGCUGAAGCUGAAAACCUCAAACUUCAGGUUUCUCAGCUCAGUGAAGCCCAGGCCAAAGCUGAAGAGGAGGCUAAAAAAUUCAAGAAACAAGCUGAUCUGAUUGCUUCCUGCCUUCAUGAGACUGAAAUAGCCACCAAAGAAAAAAUGACUGUAAUGGAACAACUGGAAGUCGCGAGACUGAAUACCAGCAAAGAGGCUGAUGAUUUACGCAAAGCUAUUGCAGACCUAGAGAAGGAGAAGGCUAGACUGAAAAAGGAGGCUGAAGAACUUCAGAAUAAGUCUAAAGAGUUGGCUGAUACACAGCAGAAACAAAUUGAACAUGAGAAGACAGUGCUCCAGCAGACAUUCCUGACCGAAAAGGAGAUGCUGUUGAAGAAGGAGAAGCUAAUUGAAGAUGAGAAAAAGAAGCUGGAGAGCCAGUUUGAAGAGGAAGUCAAAAAGGCCAAAGCUCUCAAAGAUGAACAGGAACACCAUAGACAGCAGAUGGAGGAGGAGAAGAAGAAACUCCAGGCUACCAUGGAUGCAGCCCUCAACAAACAAAAAGAGGCUGAGAAAGAGAUGCUUAACAAGCAAAAAGAAAUGCAGGAACUGGAGAAGAAGAGACUAGAGCAGGAAAGGAUUCUUGCAGAAGAGAACCAGAAAUUGCGUGAGAAGCUGCAGCAGCUUGAGGAAGCACAGAAAGACCCAAACAAAGAGCUCAUCCAUGUAACAAUGGUUGAGACAACAAAGAAUGUUUACAAUGGCCAAAAUGCUGGUGACGUGGUAGACAGUGUGGAGAAGAGACCAGAUCCAUUGGCUUUUGACGGCAUCCGUGAUAAGGUGCCUGCAAGCAGACUUCUUGACCUUGGUCUUUUACCCAAAAAAGAAUUUGACAAGCUGAAAAAUGGCAAAACCACUGUGCAAGUGCUUGGUGAGACUGAAAAUCUAAAAAGAAUUCUUAAAGGAAAGAACUGCAUUGCUGGUGUUUUGACACCAUCUAAUCAAAAAAUGCCAAUCUAUCAAGCAUCAAUAGAGAAGAAGAUUACUCCAGGCACAGCCAUGAUCCUUCUUGAAGCCCAGGCAGCCACAGGUUAUAUGUUAGACCCUAUUAACAACCAGAAACUUUCUGUUAACGAGGCUGUCAAGGAAGGAUUGAUUGGCCCUGAACUGCACAACAAAAUGCUUUCAGCUGAGAGGGCAGUUAUUGGCUACAAAGAUCCAUACACUGGUGGGAAGAUUUCUGUCUUUGAAGCAAUGAAGAAGGGUCUGAUGGAACAUGAUCAUGCCAUCAGAGUCCUUGAGGCUCAGCUUGCAACUGGUGGCAUCAUCGACCCUAUCAAUAGUCACCGUGUACCCAAUGAAGUAGCAUAUAAACAGGGACAAUAUGAUGUUGAAAUGAACAAGAUUAUGGAGAACCCUUCAGAUGACACAAAGGGAUACUUUGACCCCAGCACUCAGGAACCUUUGACAUAUUCUGAGCUAAUGGCAAGAUGCACCACUGACCCUGACACCAGUCUGCUACUCCUGCCAAUCACAGACAAAGCUGCUCAGUGCUCAAGUAUAUACACAGAGGAGGAGACCAAGGAUGUGUUCAACAAAACAACUGUGUCUGUGCCAUUUGGAAGAUUCAAGGGAAAGACUGUCACCAUUUGGGAAAUAAUCAAUUCUGAGUACUUCACUGAGGACCAGAAGAAGGACCUUCUCCGUCAAUACAAGACAGGCAAAAUCACAAUUGAAAAAAUCAUUAGGAUUGUGAUUACUGUGGCAGAGGAGAAAGAGAAAAAGAAUGAAAUUACCUUUGAUGGUCUGAGAGCACCUGUCCCUGCCACUGAGCUCCUGGAAUCCAAAAUCAUUGAUAAAGACCUGUACAACAAAUUGCACAAGGGCAAUAAGACAGUCAAAGAGGUAUCUGAAAUGAAGUCUGUCCACAAAGCACUAAAGGGUACAAACUGCAUUGCAGGUGUAGUUAUUGACUCAUCCAAGGAGACAAUGUCCUUCUAUCAAGCUAUGAAGAAAGACAUGAUGAGGGCAGGGCCUGCCUUGAAUAUGCUUGAAGCCCAAGCAGGAACAGGCUACGUGGUUGACCCUGUACAUAAUCAGAAGUACACUGUUGAUGAAGCUGUCAAAGCAGGUGUUGUUGGUCCUGAGCUGCAUGAAAAACUUCUGUCUGCAGAGCGAGCUGUUACAGGAUACAAAGAUCCUUACACUGGAAAGACUGUAUCUCUGUUCCAGGCAAUGAAAAAAGAUCUCAUACCUAAAGAACAAGGAAUCCGACUGCUUGAUGCCCAAAUGACCACCGGUGGCAUUAUUGAUCCAGUAAAGAGCCAUCGCAUUCCUCAUGAUGUGGCCUGUAAGAGAAAUUAUUUUGAUGACAAAAUGAAGCAGAUUCUGAGCAGUCCCACUGAUGAAACUAAAUGCUUCUUUGACCCCAACACAAAAGAAACUGUCACAUACUCACAGCUCUUCAACAGAUGUGUCACUGACAAGAAAACUGGUCUCCAGCUUCUGCCUCUCACUGAUGAAGCAAUCAAUUCAAAGGAGGAGCUAAUAUACACAGAGGACCAGACAAAAGAGGCUAUGACCCAGGCAACUGUGGAGCUUGACUCUGGACCAUUUAAGGGCAGGAAGAUGACCAUUUGGGAAAUCAUCACCUCUGAAUACCUCACUGAGGAACAAAGGCUUGACCUGCUCAGACAGUUUAGGUCAGGAAAGGUUACAAUUGAAAAGAUAAUCAAGAUUGUUAUCACAAUUGUACAUGAGAAAGAAGCCAAGAAUCAAGAACAGUCCAGCUUCAAGGGACUGAGAGCUCCUGUCCCUGCAGGCUCUCUGUAUGAUUCCAAAAUCAUUGACAAACCAACCUUUGACCUCCUUCAACAAGGCAAAACAAAACCUAAACAAGUCAGUGAGAAUCCCAAUGUCAAUAAAUACCUUCAGGGCUCAGAUAGCAUUGCUGGCAUCUACCUGGGGCAGACAAAAGAGAAAAUGAGCAUUUAUCAGGCUAUGAAGAAAAAGCUCAUCAGACACAACACAGGUCUUUCACUUCUGGAGGCCCAGGCUGCCACUGGGUUCAUUGUAGAUCCAGUGAGGAACGAGUGUAUUUCAGUAGAUGAGGCAGUGAAGUCAGGCCUUGUUGGUCCAGAGCUACAUGAAAAACUCCUCUCUGCAGAAAAAGCUGUCACUGGCUAUAAAGAUCCAUUCACAGGCAACAAAAUCUCCCUCUUUGAAGCAAUGCAAAAAGAUCUUAUCCUGAAAGAGCAUGCCAUGCCACUGCUGGAAGCACAGAUGGUUAGUGGAGGAAUCAUCGACCCUGUAAACAGCCACCGUGUCCCAACUGAUGUUGCAUAUCAGAAGAACAUUUUCAGCAAAGAAAUUGCCAAGACCCUAUCUGAGCCAUCUGAUGAUAACAAGGCUUUCUCAGAUCCAGAAACUGAUGAGAAUGUUACCUACAGACAGCUUAAAGAUAAGUGCCAAAGAGAUCCAGAGACAGGCCUGUACAUCCUCCCACUCUCCAAGGCUCAGUCUCCAACUGUUGUGGAGAAAACAUACCUCUACACAGAGGAACAAACACAGAGUGAUCUGACAGACACCCAAAUUGACAUUCCAUUUGAGGGCUUUGCUGAUAAACCAACAAACCUCUGGGACAUCAUGAACUCAAAUUUGCUUCCAGAGCAGGAGAGGCAGAAGCUCAUGGAUGAAUAUCGCUCUGGUAAAAUCACUAAAGAGCGGAUGAUUAUCAUUAUUAUUGAGAUCAUGGAGCAGAGAGAGAUCAUCAGAAAUGAUAGUCCACUGUCAUAUAAGACUAUAAGGAGAAGGAUAACUAUUGAGGAGCUCUACAAUGCCCGCAUCAUUGACUUGGAGACAUACAACCUCCUUAAACAGGGCAAGAGGGACAUCCGUGACAUAAUGGAGAUGACCAGUGUGAAACAGUAUCUCUAUGGCACAGGCUGUGUUGCUGGGGUCACAACUGACUCAAGCUCCAAAAUAAGCAUAUACCAAGCAAUGAAGAGAGGUUUUAUUAAACCAGAAAUAGCCCUCAGCCUCCUAGAAGCACAAGCUGCUACAGGAUUCAUUGUUGAUCCAGUUAAAAAUGAAACACUCACGGUUGAUGAAGCUGUGCGUAAGGGUGUUGUCGGCCCUGAGAUCCAUGAUAAACUUCUUUCAGCUGAGAGAGCAGUCACAGGAUAUAAAGAUCCAUACAGUGGGAAAAUCAUCUCUCUUUUCCAGGCCAUGAAAAAGGAUCUCGUUCCAGAGGAUUAUGCUCUGAAAAUGUUAGAGGCACAAAAUGCCACUGGUGGUAUUAUUGAUCCUGAAUUCCAGUUCCACCUGCCAGCAGACAUUACCAUGCAAAGAGGUUAUAUCAACAAGGAAACCAACGAGAGGCUGACUGACGAUGUUAAAGGAUUUAUUGACCCUGUCACUGAAGAGAACCUGUCAUAUGCACAGCUGCUCAAGAGAUGCAAGUUAGAUGGUGGGUUGCGCCUACUCUCCCUGGGAGACAAGAGGCUGAUGUUCAAGGGUCUGAGGAAAGAGAUCACAAUGGAGGAGCUGCUCCGCUCACAAAUUAUUGACCAGCAGACUGUCACUGAACUGAAUGAAGGUCUUAUUUCAGUGGAGGAGGUUAGCAAUAAACUAUCAAGGUACCUUGAAGGCACAAGCUGUAUUGCUGGUGUAUUUGUAGAGUCCACAAAAGAACGUCUAUCAAUUUACCAGGCCAUGAAGAAGAACAUGAUUAGGCCAGGCACUGCAUUUGAACUCCUUGAGGCUCAGGCAUCCACAGGGUAUGUCAUUGAUCCAAUCAAAAACCUCAAACUGACUGUCAAUGAAGCAGUGAGAAUGGGAAUUGUAGGACCAGAAUUCAAAGACAAGCUCCUCUCUGCUGAGCGUGCAGUGACAGGAUAUAGAGAUCCUUAUUCAGGCAAAACUAUUUCCCUGUUCCAGGCCAUGAAAAAGGGGCUCAUCCUGAAAGACCAUGGUAUCCGUCUCCUGGAAGCCCAGAUUGCGACAGGUGGAAUCAUUGACCCAGAGGAAAGUCACCGUCUGCCAGUUGAGGUGGCCUACAAACGUGGGUUCUUUGAUGAGGAAAUGAAUGAGAUCCUGACAGAUCCAUCUGAUGACACCAAAGGCUUCUUUGAUCCCAACACUGAGGAAAACCUAACCUACCUCCAGCUCAUGGAGAGGUGCAUCACUGAUCCCGACACUGGCCUAGUGCUCCUGCUACUGAAAGAAAAGAAGCGGGAAAGGAAGACCUCCUCCAAAUCCUCAGUUCGUAAACGCAGAGUUGUCAUCGUAGACCCAGAGACAGGCAAAGAAAUGACUGUGUACGAGGCCUACAGAAAGGGACUAAUUGACCACCAAACCUACCUGGAGCUUGCUGAGCAGGAGUGUGAAUGGGAAGAGAUCACAAUGACCUCUUCUGAUGGUACUGUCAAAUCCAUUAUCAUUGACAGGAGGUCAGGGAGACAGUAUGAUGUUGACGAUGCUCUUUCACGUGGCCUCAUUGACCAGAAGGCUCUUGAUACAUACCGAGCUGGAAACCUGUCCAUCACAGAAUUUGCUGACAUGCUCUCUGGAAACAUUGGAGGCUUCCGCUCUCGCUCAUCGUCCUUUGGAUCCACCACUGGUUCCACCACUGGUUCCACCUACUCCUCUCCUAUGAGCCCCAUACCCUCCAUUAAACCACCUGCAGUCAUAUGGAAUGACCCAACAGAGGAGACUGGCCCCAUAGCUGGAAUCUUAGACAUAGACACACUGGAGAAGGUGUCUAUCACUGAGGCCAUACACAGAAACCUGGUAGACAACAUCACAGGCCAAAGAUUGUUGGAGGCCCAAGCCUGCACAGGAGGAAUAAUUGACCCCACAACUGGGGAGAGAUUCUCAGUUACUGAUGCUUCAGAAAAAGGCCUGGUGGAUAAAGUCAUGGUUGAUCGCCUCAACCUGGCUCAAAAAGCAUUCAAUGGAUUUGAAGACCCCAGAACUAAAGUAAAGAUGUCUGCCUCCCAGGCUCUAAAGAAGGGCUGGUUGUAUUAUGAGGCUGGGCAGCGUUUCCUUGAGGUCCAGUAUCUGACUGGUGGACUUAUUGAGCCUGAUGUUGAGGGCAGAGUGCCACUAGAUGAAUCUAUCAGGAAGGGCACAAUUGAUGCCCGCACUGCCCAGAAACUGAGAGAUGUCAGUGCUUAUUCUAAAUAUCUAACAUGUCCAAAAACCAAACUGAAAAUCUCCUUCAGAGAUGCCAUGGACAAAAGCAUGGUCGAGGAAGGAUCUAGUCUAAGGCUUCUGGAGGCCUCCUCACAGUCCAGCAAAGGCCUCUACAGUCCCUACAAUGUCAGUGGCCCUGGAUCUGCCUAUGGCUCCCGAACUGGCUCAAGGACCGGAUCCCGAACAGGCUCCAGGAGAGGCAGCAUUGAUGCCGGCUCUGGCUUCAGCAUGAACUUCUCAUCUUCCUCCUUCACAUCCUCUUCAACUGGCUACAGCCGCAGAUUCUGAUUAGCUAGUUCUGUUUUCCUAACAACUUGUGAUUAAGAACCAACAAUAUUAAUGCACUUUACAGUUGCAUUUGUCACAAGAAAACAUUGUUACAGCAACAAAGAAAAUAUAAUUUAUUUAUUCUGCCCUGCAUGUGGUCACAUCAAGAAUUGCCUAGGCUAUUGUUUUUUUUUCAUAUAUAACAGAUGUCUAAACAUGUGCCUCAUAUAUUGAGACAUAACCAAGCAUUUUUAGAUAUACAAAAUAUAAAUUUUCCUUAGUACUGAUUACUAAGUCAGUUUAUACUUUUCAAAGCAAAGCAUGACAUUUCUGCUGUUUUAAGUGAAUUUAUAGUUUUCAUUUUACACUUGUUAAAAAGUUGUAUACUUGUGCUUUCUGAAACUAAUAUAUACUGUCAAACCGAAAUAUUUUUCCAGUAUUCCUUGUUUCCUUUGAAAUUCAAGAAUAUUUGUCUAUUUUUUAUCUUUUUCAACAGUACUACUUAAUGAGAUACUGGAUGUCAGCUUAGUUCUAAUGUUUUUAACAGACUAAAAUACAUAGAUGCCUUCAAAUGUUUGUAUAGAGUAUGGGCAAAUUUUGUUUUUAUGCUAACUAGCUAAAUAAUAUAUCCAGUAAGAAUACACCUGUGAGACACUACAAAAUGAUACACUACAGGAAUACAACACUGAAAAGAAGUGCCAGAAUUAAAAUUAUGCAGACUGUUCUGAAACCAGUUUUACAUCUGUCGUUACUUUGUACUUAUGCCCUUUUAUAUUCAGUGGACUUUUGCAUUUGACUUCAUUACACCAUUGUUUUAUACACUCCAAGUUUUGGAUUCUUUAUAUUCACCAUCAAUCAAGUGUUCCUGGUAAAUCCCAAGAUGAUGUCAGACUUGAUCCUGCUCUCCCAUACAGACCUGCCUCCUGUUAUUUUGGUUCUUCUGCCUCAGUCCCUCAGAAUCCAACUUAUAAGUACAGAUACUCAGUUGGCUGGGGCAUACGAUCCCCUCAACUUGGAUGGAUUUGUGAGUCCAUGUCAUCCUCGCACAGUUACACAGAUCUGCCAUUGAGUAUGUCCUUUCUUCCAUUGCACAUCACAUUUGAAGAAAGAUCAGGCUGAGUCAACCUGACACCAACUUGGGAUACCUUUCAAGGAACACACUUCAUUCAUGAUCUUUUUUCAGAUUACUUGAAUUCUAAUAGUGAUACUUAUGUUGCCAUAUUCAGAUUUUUAGAAAACACCCCCAAAGCAUACACACAUCUGCAUGUUUAUUCUUUCAUUUAAAUUGGGAUUAACUGUAGUUGUAGAACAGCACAAAUUAAUUUAGCUCGUCCUAAGUCCACUGAGUAUAUUUUUGUAUUAUCUGUCUGUAAAUUCAGUCCAACCAAAGUGCUAAUAAGAUUCAUUUCGAUAAUUGACAUAUUUGAUACAUCACCACAUUGCAUGAAUGUAUGUAUUAUAUCAAAUUAACUCAUUUCAGUUGACAUUUUGCCACAGAUUUCCUUUGCAAACUGCAAAACAGCUUGAAGCUUUAUUUUGCUUAUAGUAUAUUUUUCCAUAACAAGUAUUUCUGUUAUGUAUCUCUAGUGUUUUACCUUUGUAAAUCUUUUUUUUGUUGUUGUUUUCAUCAAGUUUUUGAUAUGUUAUGAAUUUGCCUUGCAUGUUUUACUAACUUUACAAAGGAUAUUUGGGAAAAAUGUUAGUGUAAAAUAAAGACAACUGCAGAUGUAACUGCUGAUUUUAAUUUUAGCAAUAUAUAAAAUCACAAACUAACUGGUUUGUUUUGCUUAUGGGGCAGAUUUUGCUUUGAAUGAUAUGGUGAGUGGAUUCUGUUGUAUGUUCUGAAAAUAACACUGUUGUAAAUAAAUGUGCUCUGAAGAGG